CCUUUGAUUGCGGCCGCAGCGCACGCAGUAGUAUUUAUACACAUGCAUCCUCGUUCCACUCCACCCACCACAUACUUCCACACAUUAGGAGCUCCCUAUUAGCUAGAGUACCAUGGCGACCUUCUCAAGCUCGGAGCUUCUGCAAGCACACACGGAGCUUUGGAACAUCGGCAUCAGCUACCUCAAGCCCAUAGCGCUACGAUGUGCCAUCAACCUCGGGAUCCCUAACGCCAUCCAUAAUUGUGGCGGCAGCGCCUCUCUGGCCGACCUUCUCGCCGUCGUCCCGGUACCCGAGCACAGAAAACCGUACCUGCGUCGCCUCAUGAGGUUUCUCGCGGCCACUGGUAUUGUUACUCUUGACGUUCCCUCCGCAGAUGGGUGCACCACUGAGGAAGCGUCAGCGACAGGCGUGUACCACCUCACACCGAUGUCUCGCCUCCUCGUGGACGAUGUCGACGUUCACGGGUGCAUCAACGACCUCUCUUCGUUUGUGCUUCUAUGUACCACGAAGUACCAUAUUAUGGCGUCCAUGCACUUGUCCGCCGAGUGGUUCAAGGGAGAGGACAGGGCGGGGUCGGAGAUGCCGUUCAAGACGGCUCACGGCAUGACUAUGUGGGACGCUUUGUGCCAUGAUCCACAAUUCAAUGAGGUCUUCAACACUGCGAUGGCAUCCGAUAGCCAACUUGUGUUGAACUUUGUUGUUACCACCCGAGGCGAUGUGUUCGAUGGCAUAAGCUCGUUGGUCGACGUCGGUGGAGGGACCGGCAGCGCGGCAAGGGUCAUUGCUGAGGCUUUCCCUCAUGUCAAGUGCUCGGUGUUGGACCUCCCGAACGUGAUCAGUAGCAUCCAGCCGGUUGAUGGCGUGGUUGAGUAUAUUGCAGGUGAUAUGAUGGAUUCCAUCCCACCAACUGAUGCCGUUCUGCUUAAGUAUGUGUUGCAUGACUGGAAUGACGACGAAUGCGUGAAGAUCCUAACUCAAUGCAAGAAGGCUAUUUGUUCUCGAAACCCAGCCAGCGGAAAGGUAAUAAUCAUAGACACAAUCAUUGGAUCUCCUUCCAAGGCCAUAUUCGAAACCCAGGUCUCGGUGGAUUUGAUUAUGAUGGUGCUAACGUCGGGCAAGGAGCGUGAAGAGCACGAGUGGCACAAGAUAUUCAUGGAUGCAGGGUUUGGCCACUACAAGGCAAAGCCUGUUAUGGGGUUUCUAUCCAUCAUUGAGUUGUAUCUGUAGCUGGAAAAUAACAACACAUACUCGUAUUAGCUGGAACAUGUGUUCUUCAACUUCCAGUACAGUCUAUGUUGCAAAGUAAUUUGUGUGUACUUCCAUUCUAUGUUGCAAAGUAAUAUCAUUGUGUUGUUCCA